AUGGCUCUGAGCACUGAGCAAGCUCUGGCACUGCUACUGAUCUUAAACAGCGCUCACCUCACAGCAGCAGAUUGCCCUCCUCUAGACCAUGUUGAUGUCUCUGGCUCAGUUGGGGGGAGAGCAGUGCUGCCCUGUUCUUACACCCCCACCCCUGGGCAGGAUGUAGCAGUCACAUGGUAUGCAUAUCAAUAUCAGGGAGAAUGUGUUCUAUUAAUCUACAAUUCAAAGACCCCCUCAGCACCCAUCCCUGCACAGUGGAGCGGUCGAGUGAAGCUGUCUGAUGAAGUCUCCUCUGGAAACGCCUCUCUGCUAAUCUCUGAGCUCACACUGGAGGACACUCAGGAUUACACGUGUAUAGUGGGGAUCAACAAGGAAUGUGUCACUCACAGGGCUGUUAAACUGACAGUUCAAGGACCUCCAAAGAGAGAUUCAACUACUUCAAGAACAACAACGACCACAACCCAGACAACUAGACCAUCAGCAACCCCGACAACUAGACCAUCAGCAACCCCGACAACUAGACCAUCAGCAACUGAGACAACUAGACCAUCAGCAACUCCCGCUAUCCUCUCUGUAGUAGCCGUCUCUGCUGUCAUCAGCAUCAUAGGUGCUACAGUCUUUGUCAUUUUAAAGUACAAAAGGAGAGCAGCGAAUGCUAAUGGGAAUAACCAGAAUGCUGGAGAUCACAAUGCGAGCUCAGACUUGCUUACCUACGCUGUAAUCGAUCACACGAGACAGCCGGGAGGACCCCCAGUCCGGUCAGGGGUCAGUGCUGUGGACAAUACAGAGUACGCCACUGUCCGGAUCCACUGAUAGGACACGUCUCACCCAGCCACCAGGGAUACAAGAGAGCUUCAACAACAAGAUGAACCAAGGACUUGACUAACAUUGAUUUACUGCAGCCCUUCAAUGAAUCAUACCAACUCUGAUGAGAACAAUAAACACAGCGAGCCACUAACAAGCAACCACCUGACAUUCUUAAUUCGAUGUGAACCAUUUCACUGCCACUGCUAAUAGUCCACACCAGUCCCAAGCUGAGCUCCUGCAGGUGGUGUGAUCCCAGCCUCAAAGAAGAGAAGCCAGUCCUCCUCAUUGCAGUGUUCAUCCACAUUGUUAACGAGAGCCUUUACAGCAGGAGAUCGCUCACCAGCACAGAGAUGCGUCAUGAAAGAGGCCCCAGGGGCUCUGCUUCAUGACUGCAAGCCCUUGAAUGCAUGCGCGUGUAGCAGGAAGGGAGUAGGGGAGGGGGUUAGGUAAGCAGUUGAAUUCAGGUCCCGAGCCUCACUUCCUUUUGCACCUGCUCUGAGACAGGCUGCUGUGUGUAAAACUUGACCGCUCUGCUGGAUUGGGGAGUAAAGCAAUACUUCCACAUUCAAACUCAUUUGAUUAGAUUGUAUAGGCCUGUGUUCAUUUAUUUCACUUUGAACAAACACUUGUGCUUGCUAAGGUUUGCUAGCUGUCUUCUCUCAUCCUUGUGGCAGCUGUGAUGUACCUUUAAUGCUUAUCUCAUCAGACCAUGUGGAAUAUUAAUAAACAUCGCCAUCGCUGCUUUGAA